AUGGCUAAAGGAAACUUAAAUCGAAGAAAGAAGGCUAAAGAGUUAAAAAAAGCUAAAGAACAACGUCAAAAGGAGAAACUUGAGAGAUUGGCACAUGUUGAUCCAAGGAGAAUAAGGAGAAGGAUCCAUGAUUUGGAGUCCAAGAGGGAAAGAAACAAUGGGAGAUUAGUCGUGAGUGAACAACGACAAUUGGAUUCAUUGAUUAAAGAUCUUGAAUUCAUUACAAAGAAGAACUUGUCACAAUUUGAUAAUGAAGAAACUAAACCACCUCAAGAUCAAGAAAUCCAAGAACCACCAAUAGAACUAGGUAUCAAAACACCAAAAAAUCAUAAAAAUAUAACAUAUCCUUUAAAAACCCCAUACAAGUAUGAAAUUGAUCCUGAAGUUUCCAAUAUUCCAAUACCCAAAUCACCACCACCAAGAUUUUUCAAAAUUCAACAAUCUCAAACGGUGUAUGAAUCUGCACCUGAAGUUCAAAAACCUUUAAAUAUUACUUCAACAACUACAAAAUUCAUACCAUCUACAGUGAGAAAUAAACAAAAACUGACACAAAAUAAAGAACAAGAUUAUGAACAAGAACAAUAUGCUUCUGAAGAAGAAGAAGCAUUAGGUAUUAAACGUAAAGCUGAUUCAAUAGAUGAAUAA